AUGGACAUGGAGCGCCAGAUGCUUCCCGACAGCCGAGAUCCUCGAACUCAAACAACGACGUGGCCGUGCUUCAACCAGCAUGUGGCCGGCAAGGAUCAGGCAAACAGGUACGGGAAGUGGCACAACUGCACAGUGUGCGGACUUCGGAUGCUCUACAUUCCCUUCAAGGGAGCACCUUGCAACAGCACUUCGACGAUCAACCCGGGCAACAUGAACAAGGCCCUCAAGGAGCUGAAGGAGAUGAUGCCAAAAGGGCAAAAGCCCAACGAAGAACUGGUCAAGGUGAUUCUCGAGAAGGUGAUUGCCGAAGAACGUCUUCGUGUUCUCCUGGACAACUACAAGACCGACCUCAAGAAGAACCAGGAGAAGAUCGCCAAGGCGAAGGCGAAGUCAACACCGACUUCGACAAUGCCGAGUUCAGAAGGCUAUGUCGCGGAGGAGCCCCAGUCCUCAAAUCAGUCACCCAGCAGCUGGACGGAACUUCAUCCAGAACCUGCUGCUCAAGCCGAGAUCAAUCCCAUGGACUAUCUCACAGAGAACGAGUACCGACGGGUGAUGGAACUGGUGACCGAACGCAUGGCCUCACAGGCAACUGCCUCAAGGGUACCUGUUCCGGACGAUGUGGAACUGGAGCCUGCAUACGAAGAGGAGAACCGCAAGAAGCUGCCGCUUCUUGUUGGACAAAAGAUGAUGGAUAUGAUCCACGACCUCAACUCCGACUUGCAGAACCACAUGGCCGACACCAUCUAUGACGGCAAGCCCUUGGUCUGGGAAAUGUUUUGCCAGAAGGACUCCGAACUGAGCAAGGCAUGUCUUCGAGAAGGCAUACCAGUGCAACGAGUGAAUCUUCACUGUGGCUUCGACCUCUACAAGGACGAGACCUAUGAUCGCCUCUGGACCCUCUUCAAGCAUCAACGACCCAAGAAGAUUUGGGUUAGCACCAUGUGCACUCUGUGGUGCGACUGGGUCGACCUCAACUACUAUGAUCGACGAGAUGUUUUGGAAAAACGUCGACGAGGCGAACGUCAGAUGUUCAAGAAGCUGGUGCGCUUCUUGAAAGCCAUUGUGAAGUACGACCCCGACGUGGAGAUCUUCUGGGAAUGGCCUCACCGAUGCCGAGGUUGGAAGGAGCGCAUCAUUGAGGACUUUUUCAACAGCCUGGACCACUUCUAUGACUGCCGAUUGGAUGGAUGCAGAUUUGGCCUCAAGAGCGCCAAAGGAAACUUCAUUCAGAAAGCCUGGAGGAUUCGCACUACGUCAGUGUCCUUCCAUGCUGAAUUUCGACUACGAGUAUGCCUGGGCAACCACACUCACGAAUGGCUUCAUGGUGUGGAGACAAGCAAGAGCGCAUACUACCCUCCAAGGAUGUGUGCUUCCAUUGCCCGGCAUUGGCGAAAACAUCUUCUACCUGACCGUUGGUGGCGACUACUUUGGUCCACCGAGUUGGUUGACGAUCCUGCUGCUCGAUCUCUACAUGCUGCCGAAGUUGGUCCUUCUGAAGAAGUUGACGGAGUUCCUGAGGACGAUAAAUCAAUUGAGCCUGAACCCAGCAUCCUGGAGGAAGAACCUGAAGACCCUGGAGGAGACCAACCACCUGCUGGUGAGUUGGAAAAAUGGAAGGCUCAACUACAUCGUCUUCACCGUGCAGCUGGACACCCUUCAAAGCGCAAUCUAGUGCGCAUGGCUCAGGACGCACAAUUGCCUGAGUGGAAGAUUCGAGCAGCCAAGGACUUGAAGGUGAAAUUUAUUCUCUUCAUUGACCUUGCCACAAAGUUUCGGGUCACAGAAACCUUAUUCACUUACAAACAUGGAGAAUACCAGACCGAAACUGCAGACCAGGUCAUUCGUGCCCUGAUGCUGAGGUGGCUGGUCGACAAACCCCGACCUCGCUAUGUUGUCUUCGACAAUGCCAACACCAUGACAUCGACCAAGACGGUGGAGAUCCUUGCGGACGUGGGCAUUCAGCCUUUCUUUCCACCAGAAGGAGAAUCGUGGGCUCAUGGAAUCACCGAGCGUGGAGUUGGACAAAUCAAGGAGACAGCAUCUCUCCUACAACAAUCCCUGCCGGAUCAAGACCCUGUGCUGACUUUGGCGAUGGCAACUUGUGCCCUCAACAACACCGAGUUCACCAAAGGCUUUACCAGCGUACAAUGGGCCUAUGGCCAUCAGAACCAAGUUGGAGAUGACGAUUUACGACAACAACUUUCACUUCCAAUUGACCGACAACAACAAGAGUUCGUGCGACUGCUGACGCAACGAGAUCUUGCAGAAGAAUGUGCCCGCAAAUCUCGAGCGAAAGUGGCCCUCUCCAAGCUCAAGAACUCUUCGAUUCGACAGCCGUUGCGGACGUUCUCAAUGGCUCAGCCGGUCUACAUUUGGAGGAAGUUUUUGCCUCACACGAUCUAUGCUGGUCGCAAAGGGGGACAUCGCCAUACAGCAAAACCUCGAUGGGUUGGUCCUGGAAGAGUCGUCUUCCACGAGCUAACUCCUGGACAACAUGCUGAAGACCGCAAACAUGUGGUGUGGGUGAUCCUUGGGAACCGUAUCUACAAGACAUCGGUUCACUCCGUUCGACCUCUUUCAGAGCGAGAGAUGGAAUUCUUUGAGGCGAGAGGAGAUGAGUCGCAUCUUUGGAAGCAACUCAGUGACAUGAUCCCCAAGCGCGAGUUCAUCGACAUCACAGGUGAGGAGCCGACAGAAGAGGAGAAAGAGGAGAUACCAUUGCCUGAGGCGCCCAACGUGGACACCUUCCUCAAGCCUCGAGUGCGCUUCCCUGGCAAGUUUCCGAUUUCUUCUGGCGGCAUUCCGGUUCUUCCUGAACUUCCUGGCGGUGCAACUUUGUCCAUGCCGAGUUCCUCAGCCUUGCCGAGCUCCUUGUCUUUGCCGAGACCUACAGAGGAGCCGGUCAAUGUGUAUGACAACAUUCCUGACCCCACCAAGAUGACUGAGGACGAGUUGGAACGAGAGUUUGGAGGAGAAGAGAAGAAGCAAAAGAUGUCAUCACAUCGCAGAGAUUCCACCAAUUCAAAGACCCCUCUUUUGGAUCGACCUGAAGGCCCACAGGAGGAAACGGUGUUGGAGGAUGACCUUCCAAUCCCAGAACCUGAGACGAAAAAGGCCAAGUAUGAGGAGGAGGAUGACUCCGACAAUGGCAAGGCUCAGAUUUGGAAGCUCAAGUACGACCCUGGCUUCGUUCUGAGCGAGAAGAAAGCCCGCAAGACAGGUUUGCAAGCUGUGCAACAAAUGCGACAGCUGCAGGCACUUCAGCCUUUUCCCAGUCAUGACUCAAGAAAAUUUCUGGAUUGGUGCGAUGGAACCAGCCUGAUUGAGUCAUGA